ACAAAAAAUCUUCUGGAAAGUCCUUCUCCUGAUAUUUAACAGCAAGCUAACCAGCUAAAGCACGUAGUACCGAUAACGUUAGCAAAGUUGUUUCUAAGUGAUAUUUGAAACAACUAUAAUAGUUACAAAGUCAUUUCGUUCGAUACAUUUCAUUAUGGAGAUCUCUGAAAAGUUCCGCUGUUUGUGCAACUUGUUUUGGUCCGUUUUCGUGGCAUAGCUGGAAAGCUAACGCUGGUUAGUAACAUCAGUUAGCUUAGCAUUGGUCUCCCCAGCAAAAAAAGCCCAGCCUCUUCCGAGCCUUGUUGGACGGCAGAAGUCUGUAACUGUACUCGCUGGUUUUUCUGACAGCAACACCCUCAAAAUGUCUAUCCUAGGAUUAAAGAAGAAGCAGCCAAAGACUUUCAAAGUCAAAGUUAUCACCAUGGAUGCUGAAAUGGAGUUCAGCUGUGAGGUGAAGUGGAAAGGUAAAGACUUAUUUGAUCUGGUGUGUCGCACUGUUGGUUUGAGGGAGACCUGGUUCUUUGGACUCAGGUACACGGUAAAGGACACCUACGCCUGGCUGAAACCAGAGAAAAGGGUCUUGGACCAGGAGGUUCCCAAGGACUCUCCCAUAACAUUUCAUUUCCUGGCUAAAUUCUUCCCAGAAAAAGUAGAAGAAGAGCUGGUCCAAGAAAUAACUCAGCACCUCUUCUUCUUACAGGUGAAAAAACAGAUAUUAGAUGAAGAGAUAUUCUGUUCCCCUGAAGCGUCUGUUCUGUUGGCAUCAUAUGCUGUCCAAGCCAAGUAUGGGGACUAUGACCCAAACUUUCACAAGCCGGGCUUCUUGGCACAAGAUGAGCUUUUGCCAAAAAGAGUUUUGAUGCAAUACCAAAUGACAGCUGACAUGUGGGAGGAGAAGAUCACAGCUUGGUACGCAGAGCACAGAGGCAUCGCCAGGGAUGAGGCUGAGAUGGAAUACCUAAAAAUUGCUCAGGACCUUGAGAUGUAUGGUGUCAGCUACUUUGCCAUUACUCAAAAUAAGAGGGACACAGACCUGUUACUUGGAGUGGAUGCUCAGGGUCUUCACAUCUACAGCCCCAACAGCAAACUCAACCCUAACAAGUCGUUUCCUUGGAGCGGCAUCCGCAACAUCUCUUACAGCGAAAAGGAGUUCACAAUCAAACCCCUGGAUAAGAAGAAAGAUGUUUUCAAGUUCUACUCAUCUCAACUGCGUGUCAACAAACUGAUCCUGCAGUUGUGCAUCGGUAACCAUGAUCUAUUCAUGAGGAGGAGGAAGGUGGACUCUAUUGAAGUGCAGCAGAUGAAGGCUCAAGCUAAAGAGGAGAAGGCCCGCAAGAAGAUGGAGCGUCAAAUCCUGGCACGGGAAAAACAGAUGAGGGAGGAAGCAGAACGAGCAAAAGAAGAGAUGGAACGAAGACUUUUUCAGCUACAGGACGAGGCACGACUGGCCAAUGAGGCACUGCUGCGAUCUGAGGAGACAGCGGACCUGCUGGCAGAGAAGGCCCAGAUUGCUGAGGAGGAGGCCAAGCUGUUGGCCCACAAGGCUGCAGAAGCUGAGCAGGACAGACAGAGAUUAGAGGUCACUGCCAUGAAGACCAAGGAGGAGAAAAGGCUGAUGGAGCAGAAGAUGAGGGAGGCAGAGCAGCUGGCUGUCAAACUGGUGGAGCAGUCCGAGAGGAGGUUGAAGGAGGCAGAUCACCUGAAACAGGACCUGACUGAGGCAAAGGACGCUGAGCGGAGAGCCAAACAAAAGCUGCUGGAGAUCACCAAAACAACAUACCCUCUCAUAGCAGCCUACUCUACUCCCCCUGCUCUCCCUGCUCCUCCUGAAGCAGCCGACUUUGCCUAUGAAUCGGCAUCUACGCGCCUCGACUUCAAGGACUCAGACAUGAAAAGGCUGUCUAUGGAGAUCGAGAGAGAGAGGCUGGAGUACAUGGAGAAGAGUAAACACCUGCAGGACCAGCUGAAGGAGCUCAAGACAGAGAUCGAGUCUCUGAAGCUGGAGGAGCAGCAGCAGCAGGCUGGCCUCUACAACCUUCGCGGUGAAGCGAGGGGAUACGUCCAGGAGCCUGUCUACAUACCUCACAGCAACCGAAACUCUGCGUACAUGUCUCAGAUGGCCUUCUUUGAAGAAGUGUGAUCCUAGUCCUGUAAGAUGAGGAAGGAGGGCACCAGCUGUUGUGACUGUGCUUUCUCAAAAUGUUUGGUUAAUUUUUUACCUGGCUGAAACUAACAGACACAUACAUACACCAUGACAAUGUGCUUUGGAAACUAUCCUCAACAACAAACAGCCACUAGUUUGGCUGCCUGCACAGGCUGUCAUGCUAGGUUGUACCACCUGCUCCACUACAGCACCUUCCACAUUUCUGUCAUAUACAGUAUAAUGAACACAAUAACGUGUGCCAUGUAUCUAACACUGAUCCAGGAUAUGGUGCUGAAGAUGUAUGAGUUUUUAUUUGCUGAUGUUUUUUUUGUGGUUUUAAGGGAUACUUAGUUGUAAGAUGGUCAGAUAUGGAAGCAUGCCGUUAAUGACAAGUUAUACAUUCAUGUCUUACCAACAUUUUAGGACAGGGAUUAAGUUAAAACUUGUUACAAACCGGCUUUGGGCAAAGUUCCUGCAUCAGAUGCAAUUGGGUAAAUGAUCUUUUUCAGGCUAUUGUGAAAAGUUAUAAAUAUCCUUAAGAUUUUGCAAAUAUGGACGUUUUUGGUCAUUUUCUUUCAAACCAGCAAAGUGUCUCUCAAACUUGGCUUUUGAAAAUAGUACAUCAAAGAAACCCAAAUGCCCGAAUUUGUGAUUAUACAUUUACCAAGCUAUUGUUGAAUGUAGCUCAGAACUAAAAACACACUAAAGAUAACUCUUGAUCAUUGAUACGUAAUGUGAAAAUUAACGUUGUGAUCUUGCUCAUAAAAGUCAUUUAUAAAAGUAGUAACUGCAGCUGACAGAAAAGUCUAAAUAUGACGAGCAGAUGGGUGCAGGGACAGUGUCUAGAUGUGACACUCCAUAAAAAUGUAAAAUGCAGUGUUUGAUCUUUGUUUUGGUCUUUCAUUUGUAUGUGCUUGCUGUUUCUGUUACUUGGUUCAUGAGCUGCCUUUACUGAUAACAGCACACAGGUGCCUUUAUUGUUUCUAGUGCCUCAUCAUGGUAGUUAAUAGAAAUGUAGUGUACAGUUACAAGCUUGAGCUCAUUGAGCGCCAUUUCAAGUUUCCUGUCUUGUUUUCAAGUUUUUUUUGUACAGUAGACUGUUUAUGUACCUUGAACUUUUAUCAUUGUGCUCAUGUGUCUUAGCAUUAGGGUUACUUUAUGUUUGGGGUUGAUGUCACACCCUGACUGAUUCACAGAAUAGCAGAUUGAUGGAUUUACUGUUUUCUGUUUUUUGUCCUCAGCUCAUGUACUUCUCAGGGUUAGUGUUGGCGACAAUCACUGCAUGUAGAAUCUCAUUUGCGCCCCCCCCCCCGAGAUAUACAGUAUGGUAUCGAUUAAUUUUUACCUUUUUGAACAAACUCAUUUAACUUGCAGUCCAAUAGUAAUUCACAUGGUAAAGAUUUUUUCCAGCAGUGGUUGCACUGCAUUUCACUAAUAUAGAGGUGGGAAACCUGAGUGAACAUUUAUUCUACUACACUCCUCAUUACAUACUCAAAAAGGGAGAGGCUGGAUGCCAAAUGUACAGCCGGAGAUUCUGCAUGGUUGUUUAUUUGGACCGGCCUAUUAGACUGACUUCAUUAUAGACUGAACUGUGACAAAUGAUUGGUUCAUUAUUGCCCUCGUGAUUGGCUUCUAAAUGAGUAAGGCUAACCUUGGUCUUGUGUAAAUGGUAUUGUGUCAAAUGUGGAAAUGUUCUUUUUUCAUCAACACAUUGCUGAAGUGCUUCAGUUUGCAUCUUUAAUCUUAUUUAUUUGUGCUGUAAAUCCUUAAAUAACAUCACCAUGCACAUUUUCUUGAGGUCUAUCAUUGUCGGGGACUUUAUUCUAACUUAAUGUUUGUUUUAUUUUUCUAUAAAUUCAUGUCCCGUGUUAGAAAAUAAUUUUACAUCUGAAACAAUCUUGUACCUUAGGGGAUUCAUUUUGCUUUGAAGACAAAAAAAAUCACAAGCACAACAAAGUUUUGUCAAUGAUUUGUAACCUCAAGUUUUGUGUAUAUCAUUUCAUUACAGCAGUGAUCAUACAAUA